AUGUCUUUUUUCCCCAAAAUCUCUUUCCAUUGUGAAGUUGAAGAGUAUCUCACCAAAGUGUUCAGAAAUAAUGAGCUUAUCAGUGCUUUAGGUAUACAAGAAGCAGAGAGUAAAUAUCAAUCUCUGUUAAGCCAUCUAUCUCAUCCACCGGGUUUCACAACUGUUAGAGUUAACACCCACCUGGUCUCAGUGAAACAUGUGAAAAAAUUGCUGUUUGAAGAGAUCCAGAAGCAAUUUAAAGGACUACGUGUUCCAGUUCUCGAGCACCCGAAACUCCAGGACAUCUUAUUAAUUCCUGUCAUUGGACCCAGGCAAGAUUUGAAAAAACAUGCAACUGAAGUAAUAGUUGGAGCCCAGUGUGGAUAUGCAGUACUUCGAGGAGCACAUGUUUAUGUCCCUGGAAUCAUAUCUACCUCCAGAUUUAUGAAAGCUGGAGAUCUGGUCUCAGUGUAUUCAGAUGUUGAAGGGAAAUGUAAAAGAGGAGCCAAAGAAUUUGAAGGAGUCAAAGUUUUCCUUGGAAAUGGGAUUUCGGAACUGAGUCGUGGUGAAAUCUUUAGUUCAAGUGGCCCAUUGAAUGGGAUGGGCAUAAGAAUGACCGAGCCAGUCUACCUUAGUCCUUCAUUUGACAAUGUGCUCCCUAGCCAUUUGUUUUUACAGAAUUUGCCUUCUGUGGUUGUGAGCCAUAUUCUAAACCCUCAACCAGGAGACAGAAUUUUGGAUAUGUGUGCUGCGCCUGGAGGUAAAACAACCCAUCUUGCAGCAUUAAUGCACGACCAGGUAAAAGAAGUCAUUGAGCAUCUUCUGUCUCCGUGA